UUUAUGUUCGUGGGGGCCUAGGCACGGGUUUUUACCAAUGAGCUCCAGAUUCGCCGGCUGCCUGCUCACGCGGAUGUCCGCUCCUCAGCUCCGCGGAUCCAUGGGCUUGGCUAUCAAAUGGCAGCUCCGCAGCUACUGUGAGCCACCACUCAUGGCCGGCGAUGUCUACAAGUGUGUGAGGGAGCAAAAGGCACUCGCCAUGAAGAAAAAGCAGGCGGCCUACAAGAAGGAGGCGGCCAAAAAGGAUGCCGACCGCGUUAAAUGCCAGUUGAAGAAGUGCAUCGAGGUCAAGUCGAAGGCGCUGAGGGCGAAAAUGAAGUGCAUGACGCCGGAGGAGCAAAAGGCCAUGGGGGAGAUGAUGGACUGCGUGAUGAUGGGCGUCAAGAGAGUCUGUCUGAAGGCCGUGAUGCAGAAGUACUGUAGGGAGCAGGAACUCAAGCUCCGCUACGAGCGGCUGAUAAAGGCCAAGAAGAUCGAGAAGUUAAUGAAGGCCUGUCCGGCCAAAAACAAGGGAGACUCGGCGGAAGGCUGCAAGGAGCCCAGAGGGGAGCAGACCGAGUGUAAGGAAUCAGAAACGCUUAGGAAAUGCAUAGCAGAUACCACCAAGCUCUUAGAAGCCGAGUUGGAGAAAGAGUGUCGGAAAGAGAAAGAAAAGUGUAAGGAUGAUUCGGAAGAGGAUAAGACAGCGGAAUGUAAGAAGUCCGCGAAGAAAGCAGUAAAGAGGUCUCAGAAGAAGGCCAUAAUCGACAGCUGUAAGGGAGCACCCAAGGGAAACUGCAAAGUUAAGGCUUGUGAUAAGCCCAAAAAGGAUCCUAAAGCUGAACGUGCAAAGGACGAACACAAAGAAACCAAGAAGCAGGAGUGCCCAAAGAAGGCCAAGGAGAAACCGAAAUGUUCCAAAGCAGACGCUAAGAAAUCUACAUACGAGCAGAAGAUGGAAGAGUGCGUAUUUGAAGAAUGGAAGGAUAUAUGCAAAGCCCAGGAGAAGAAAAAGACUGAUGUGGCUGCCAUAGAAGACUGUCUUAAUGCGCAAAUCAAGAAGAAGUGCCGCAAGAUGGUGAUCAAGACGAUGUGUGCCGACGCCUUUGGAGAGCCGAAGAAAAAGAAUAAGUGCGAGGCAGAAAAGGAGUGUGGAGAAAGCUGCGUUCAACAGAAGUGGAAAGAGGCGUGCCCCACUAUUCAAAAACUCGCCGAAAAGAAUGACGUAGAUUUCAGCGAAGCCUCUGAGGAAGUGAAGAAAAUGAUCGAGAAGUCCUGCGAAGAGGAAGAAAAAAGUAAGGAGGGCCAGAUUAAGGAACUGCAAGGUAAUAUCGAAAAGUGUGCAAUGAAGAAAAGAUGCGCAGAAGCAAGGCAAAAAAGCAAGUGCAAUGAAAUAGAGAGAAAGAAAAAGCGAGAAGAGGAGGAGAAAAUUAAGAAAUGUGAAGCUGAAGCAAGACAGAAAAUAUGCGAAGUUCUAGUGAAAACGCAAGAAGAUAUAAGGAAAGCCGAUUGUGAACAUAAAAAGAAAUGCGAAAACAAAGAAUGCAAAAGAGAAUCCGAUGAGGAAAUAAAAAGAAAGUGCACAGAGAAAGCUUAUAAAAAGCUAUGCGAGGUGAGGAAAAAACGCAAAGAACUGAUGCAAAGGGAGCAAAUUUUAAUAAAGAGGGUCGAAGAAGGAAAAUGCGAGGACGAGCAGCAGAAAAAAUGCAGAGAGCAAGAACAGAAGAGGAAAUGCGAAGAGGAGGAGAAAAAGAAAAAAUGCGAAGAACAAGAGAUACAAGAGAAAUGCGAACAGGAACUCCAAAAGAUAAAACGCGCCGAAGAAGCCAAAAAGAAAAUAUGCGAGAAACUGAAAAAGAAACUGGAGUCGCUUAAGAACGAAGAAAAGGAACUAAACUGUAAGCUAAAAGAGCUGAACAACAAGGAAGAACAAAUGAAGAAAGCGGAAGAGGAAGAGCGCAGGAAAAAAUGCGAGGAAGAUAGGGUUUUGAAAGAGUGUGAUGAGUUCGAUCAGAAGGAGAAAGCCGCCGAAGCGGAGGAAAAAAAGAAGACGCCGCCCAACUAAACCUAUCGCCAAAAUCCCUUUUAAAGGCGGAACGGCCUUAAGUCUUGGUAUACCUAUAACUUGAAACUAUUAUAAUUCACUUUUCAGACAGGUGGAUCACUUUUAAACUGCGCUAUCAAGGACCCCAGAUUAUCAUUGCUUGCCCAAGGGAAAGGCUUAAAGGACCACGGCGGUCGUCAAGGCCGC